AUGGGAACUCAUAAUCAUACCCUCCACAUUUGUUAAUCCACGCGCAUCGCGCCCGUAUCUCUCGCCAUUGAUGAGCACCGCAAUUUAUACCGUAAAGAUACUGGCAAAUUUUUUUUUUUGGUAGAUAACGUACAGGCAUUUAUUAGCUUAUAAGUAAAAUAAUAAAAGGUGGGGAAAAAGAGAGUAAGUGGGUGAUGGGCGUUGGAGGUCCGGGGUAGUAAUAGGAGGGGGCUGGGGAGGAACAGGGCAAUUGCUACGCCCACGGACUUUUUCAGCCAUUCAAUGACCCACCAAACGCCCAUCUCUUCUUCUUCCCCUCUCGUUUCUUUCAACUCCCCCACCACCACCACCACGAACACCACCACCUCCUCCUCUUCUCUCCUUUGUUGCCCUCUCCAAUCCCGUUCUCAUUUCGACUCCACUCAGGGUAGAAGAAUGGAGGCGCUGAAGAGUAGUUUGAGGUGGGAGCCGUCGGCCCCCUCCGGCCAGCAGCACCACCAGGGCCUCCUGGCCGACGACCAGCCCUGGGCCGCCUUAGAGAGAGGCAACAUCCUAGGGGAUGGGUUCUCGGUGGACGACCUCCUUGACCUGGGAGGUUUCGCCGAGCCGGAAAAGGAAACAGAGGAGAAGCCGGAGACAGCAGCUGGGUCCACGGAAGCGGAUGAGAACUCCAACUCCUUGUUGUCCUCCUCCUCCGCCCUGUCCUUCCAACCACGGCCGCCUUCGGAUAUUAGUCUUCCUAUGAGUCCUCUGCCGUUAAUGGCUCACGAUGUGGAAGAGCUGGAAUGGGUUUCGCUCAUCAUCGACGACUCCCUCUCGGAGUUCCCGCCGUCGUGCUCUGACGUCGUGCUGCCCUUCCCGCCGCCGCUCCCUAAGCCCCAGGCCGUGUCCCCGCCCGAGAACCUUCCAGCACCCUUGCUGAGCCCCACCGUCUGCGCCCUCUCCACCGAGGCCCUCGUCCCGGUCAAGGCCAAGCGCAGCAAACGCUCCCGCUCCGCCGGCGCCGGCUGGUCCCUCUCCGGCCUGCCCCCGUUCACCAACUCCUCCGCCUCCUCCUCCUCCACCACCACUACCACCACCUCAUCCUCGUCUUCCUGCUGCUCCUCGUCGUCGUCCUUCGAUUCCUAUCUCAUCUACGACCCCACCGGCGCCGGCGUGUACAACCUCCUCGACGGUAACCCGCUUCCGCUACCGCCGCUGCCGUCCAAGAAGCAGAAAACUAAGAAGAGGGGCCGGAAGCCGAAGCCCCCGCAGGCUGCGUCCGCGGCCUCCGGCGGUGGCGGUGAGCGGCGGUGCAGCCACUGCGGGGUCCAGAAGACGCCGCAGUGGCGUGCGGGACCGCUGGGCGCGAAGACUCUCUGCAACGCCUGCGGCGUCCGGUACAAGUCCGGCCGCCUCCUGCCGGAGUACCGGCCGGCGUGCAGCCCCACCUUCGUCACAGACGUCCACUCCAACAGCCACCGCAAAGUCCUCGAGAUGCGCCGCAAAAAGGAGGCCGAGCUCGUCGCCGCCGCCGCCCCGCCGGUCCCCUCCUUUUAACCGGCCUGGACCACUCCGGUUCGGCCGUACAUUUUGAACCGCCCCCUUCUCAUAAUUAGUCUGUAACGGUUCAUAUUUUAUUUUUUUGGCCCCCCUCCUUUUUGUAGAGGCUUAGCUUUCCGUGUUCUUUAGUUUUUUUUUUUCGUAGCUUUUUAUGAGGUCAUAGGUAGUGCAAAUUUGCGAUCUUUUAAUUUAUUUGUUGUGUUUCAGUUAGAAAAGGCAGGUUUUGAUGGGGGGAGGGGUGGUUGGGGAAUGGAUGAGUAGUGGGAGGAGACAGGUAUUAUUAGAUUUUAGACCCUAGUCUGGAAUUGGGUAUCUAACUUGAUUGCUUUCCUCUUUUAGUCAAUGAGAGAUAGUUAGAUAUCAAAGGGGUAGUAUGAUAUAUUUGGUAUGGCAUCAUUUGUAAUACAUCCAUCCAUAUACAUAGAUAGGUUGCAUCCACAUAGAUGGGAUAUAUUAUAAUUUCUAUUUGUAUCUGCUUUGCAGUAGAUUAAUGGGAGGAUUCUUCAAAUCGAAUUUACUCUUUCUCAGUUUUUAUUCU